AUGUCAACCAAGAAGAUCGAGCAGUGGGAAAUCGAACGGUACUGGGAGAUCUUCGCAUCGCUGGCAGGCGGCCAGCCGCGUUUGAACAACUCCCAAGCGGCCUCGGUACUCAGGAACAGUCGGCUUCGUGAUGACCAACUGGAAAAGGUCUGGGAUCUGGCAGAUGUUGAUGGUGAUGGCGAACUAGACUUUGAGGAGUUCUGUGUUGCCAUGCGAUUGGUGUUCGACCUUGUCAAUGGGGAAUUACAAGCAGUGCCAAACGUUCUGCCUGAUUGGCUCGUUCCCGAAUCUAAAGCUCAUUUAGUCCAUGCGACCCGGGCCCUGAGCGGUCGUCCGGAGCAAUUCGAACGGAUAGAAGACGAGGAUGACACUCCCGGCCUAAAAGAUGGCUUCGAAUGGUACAUGAACCCAUCCGAUAAGUCUAAAUACGAAGAAAUCUAUCUCGCGAACAAGAACCACCGCGGGGAAAUCUCCUUCGAAUCGCUACAGCCUCUUUACGACUCCCUUGACGUCCCAGACACGGACAUCCGCUCUGCGUGGAACCUAGUCAACCCUUCUGCUUCCCCGACCAUCAACAAAGACGCUACGCUUGCAUUCUUGCAUAUGCUUAACUACCGCCACGAGGGCUUCCGCAUUCCCCGCGCCAUUCCUGCAUCCCUGCGCGCUUCGUUCGAGAACAACCAGAUCGACUACCAAGUCGACAAUGCCCGUCCCGCCCAGAAAUGGGGCGCAAGCGGCGAUACGGAGACCCUCACGGGCAAGAAAGCCAAGUUCGGAGAUACCUACUUGAGUCGACUGGGUGCCGGAGGAAAGACAUCCUAUACACCCAAGGGCACGGAUUUCAGCGACACCAUCCAGGAUGAAGAGUGGGAGAAGGUCCGGUUGAGGCGCGAGCUGGCAGAGAUCGAGUCCAAGCUGGAUUCCGCUAGAAAGGCCUCCGAAGGACGACGCGAUCGACCUCGGAACGACGGCCGGCCCAACUGGGUGUUGAUCAAGAAAGAAGCACUCCAGCUGCUGGAGUACAAGGAGAGGGAGCUGCGGGAGCUGCGUGAAGGCGCGGGCCGAUCCAAAGACGGCCAGAACGUAGAACGUCUCAGAGAUGAUGUCAAGACCGUUGGCGAGCAAGUCGAAGGUUUGAAGAGCCAUCUGGCGCAACGGAGGGAGGUGCUCUCUGAUCUGCGGGCACAGGUCGAAGAGGCAAAGUUGUCCCGGUAA